CUCGCGCUAGUGUCCGGAGACCCUGCUGAGUCACGAACUCGCACUUUUGGGGGGAUCAGUUUCCAACUCUUGUAAGUUUAUUGACAGAUGUUUGAAUAAUAAAGAAAGGAGAGCAAAAUGAGCUGGGCUUGGGAAGAAUGGAAGGAAGGCCUGCCUACAAAAGCUCUUCAGAAAAUUCAAGAGCUCGAAGGACAGCUCGACAAACUGAAGAAGGAAAGGCAGCAGCGGCAGUUUCAGCUUGAAACUCUGGAGGCUGCACUGCAGAAGCAAAAACAGAAGGUUGAGAAUGAAAAAACUGAGGGAACAAACCUGAAAAGGGAGAACCAAAGCUUGAUGGAAAUAUGUGAAAAUCUGGAGAAAGCUAAGCAGAAGAUUUCUCAUGAACUUCAAGUCAAGGAGUCUCAAGUGAAUUUCCAGGAAGGACAACUGAAUUCAAGCAAAAAACAAAUAGAAAAACUGGAACAGGAACUUAAAAGGUGUAAAUCUGAACUUGAAAGAAGCCAACAAGCUGCACAGUCUGCAGAUGUCUCUCUGAAUCCAUGCACUACACCACAAAAAAUUUUUUCAACGCCUCUGACGCCAAGUCAAUAUUACAGCGGUUCCAAAUAUGAAGAUCUAAAAGAAAAAUAUAAUAAAGAAGUUGAAGAACGAAAAAGAUUAGAGGCAGAGGUGAAAGCCUUGCAAGCAAAAAAAGCGAGCCAGGCUUUUCCCCAAAGCACCAUGAAUCACCGGGACAUUGCCCGACACCAGGCCUCGUCGUCGGUGUUCUCAUGGCAGCAGGAAAAGACCCCAAGUCGUCUUGCAUCCAGUGCUCUACAAACCCCGAGUAGGAGGGAGUUUUCUGCGUCUCACUUUUCUGGGGAACAAGAAGUGACUCCGAGCAGGUCAACGUUGCAAGGAGGAAAACGAGAUGCUAAUGGCAGUUUCUGUGAUAAUUCUGGCAAUUCUCAUCUUUUGGAUCAAUUAAAAUCCCAGAAUCAAGAGCUAAGGAGCAAGAUGAAUGAGUUGGAACUACGUCUGCAAGGACAAGAAAAAGAAAUGAAAGGCCAAGUGAAUAAAUGUGAAGAAUUACAGCUCCAACUGGAGAAAGCGAAAAUGGAGUUAAAUGAAAAGGAGAAAGUUUGGAACAAAAGUCGGGAUGAACUAGUGAGAAUGACAGCACAGUAUGACCAGGCAUCAACCAAGUGUACUGCUUUGGAACAAAAACUGAAAAAAUUGACUGAAGAUUUGAGUUGCCAGCGACAAAAUGCAGAAAGUGCCCGAUGUUCUCUGGAACAGAAAAUCAAGGAAAAAGAAAAGGAGUUUCAAGAGGAGCUCUCCCGUCAACAGCGCUCCUUCCAAACACUGGACCAAGAGUGCACGCAGAUGAAAGCCAGGCUCACACAGGAGUUACAGCAAGCCAAGAACACGCACAAUAUCCUGCAGGCGGAACUGGAUAAAGUCACAACAGUCAAGCACCAGCUAGAAAAGAAUUUGGAAGCGUUGAAGCAAAAGUUCUGCAGAACCGAACAUGCAUUACAGGCGAGUGAGACCAAGGAAAAUGAGCUGAGGAGAAGCAGUGAGGAAAUGAAGAAGGAAAACAGCUGCCUUAAAAGUCAGACGGAGCAAAGUGCCAGAGAAGUCUGCCACCUGCAGGAGGAACUGAAGAAGGCCAAACAGUGUCUGAGUCAGAGCCAGAGCUUUGCAGAAGAGAUGAGGGCUAAGAAUACCUUUCAGGAAACCAUGUUAAGAGAUCUUCAAGAAAAGAUAAAUCAGCAAGAGAAUUCCUUGACUUUACAGAAACUGAAGCUUGCCAUAGCUGAUCUGGAAAAGCAACGAGAUUGUUCUCAAGACCUUUUGAAGAAAAGGGAACAUCACAUUGAACAACUUAGUGAAAAGUUAAGCAAAACACAGAAAGAGUCUGAAGCUUUGUUGAGUGCUUUGGAGUUAAAAAAGAAAGAAUAUGAAGAACUGAAAGAAGAGAAAACUCUGUUUUCUCAUUGGAAGAGUGAAAAUGAACAACUUUUAAAGCAGGUGGAAUCAGAAAAGGAAAGCUUGCAGAGUAAGAUCAAUCACUUGGAAACUUGUCUUAAGACACAACAAAUAAAAAACAACGAAUAUACUGAGCGAGUAAGACUACUGGAGGUGGAAAGAGAAAACCUAAAUGUCGAGAUGAGAAACCUUCACAAUGUGAUUGACAGCAGGACCGUGGAGGCAGAGACACAGAAACAAGCUUACAUACAACUACAGCAGGAAGCUGAGUUCUCAGAUCAGAAGUACAAGAAGGAAAUAGAAAACAUGGGUUUGAGAGUUUCUGAGCUCACAGGACAAGUUGAAGAUCUAGGACACAAGCUUCAAAUACUAUCAAGUGAAAUAACAGACAAAGACCAGCGUUACCAAGACUUGCGUGCUGAAUAUGAGAGCCUCAAGGAUCUGCAAAAAUCCAGUGAUUCUUUGGUGACAAAUGAGGCUCUGCACAGAAGCCUUUUGGCUUUUGAGCAGCAGUCUGCAAUGAAUAAUUCCUUUGCAAAUAUAAUUGCCGGACAAGGAAGCCUGCCUUCAGAAAGGAGCGAGUGCCAUGUAGACAGGGACCAAAGUCCAAAAACUUCAGCCACCUUACAAAACAGAGUCGUUUCUCUUGAAUUUUCAUUAGCAUCUCAAAAGCAGAUGAACUCAGAUCUGCAAAAGCAGUGUGAAGAGCUGGUGCAAAUCAGAGGAGAAAUAGAAGAAAAUCUCGUCAAAGCAGAACAGGUGCAUCAAAGUUUUAUGACUGAAACAAGCCAACACAUUAGUAAGUUACAGGAAGACACUUCUGUUCAUCAGAACGUCGUUGCUGAAACUUUGGUUGCCCUGGAGAACAAGGAAAGAGAGCUGCAACUUUUAAAUGAAAAAUUAGAAACUGAGGAAGCAGAGAUUCAGGAAUUAAAAAAGAGCAACCAUUUACUUCAGGAAUCUCUAAAGGAGCUACAACUUUUGUCUGAAACUCUGAGCUCAGAGAAAAAGGAAAUGAGUUCCAUCCUUUCUCUAAAUAAAAAAGACAUUGAAGAGCUGACCCGAGAGAAUGGAACGCUCAAGGAAAUUAACGCAACCUUAAAUCAAGAGAAGAUAGACUUGCUCCAAAAAACUGAGAGUUUUUCAGAGUGUAUUGCUGAAAGGGAAGAAAGUAUUUCAGAUUUAUCUAAUCAGUACAAGCAAGAAAAACUUACUUUACUGCAAAGAUGCGAAGAAACAGGAAAGGCAUUUGAAGAUCUUAGUGAAAAAUAUAAAGCAGUGCAAGAAAAGAGCUCUAAAUUAGAAUGCUUGCUAAAUGAAUGCACUAGUGUUUGUGAAAACAGAACAAAUGACUUGGAACAGCUAGAGGAAACAUUUGCCAGGGAACGCCAAGAAUUUGUAACAAAAUUAGCUUCAGCUGAAGAAAGAAACCAGAAUCUAGUACAAGAGUUGGGGGCACUGCAGCAAGAUCUGAGAUCUGAGAUUACAGAUAUUCAGACCAAUUGCAAGAGCGAGACAGAUGGUUUGAAGCAAGAAAUUGUGAUUUUAAAGGAAGAACACAGCAAGAUGCUAAAGGAAGUUAAUGCCUUAUUACAAGAGAAUGAGCAUCUGAUGCAGUUAACGAAGACAAAACGUGAGCAUCAGAAUCUGGAAUUGGAACCGGUUAGUGACUCUGUGAAAGAAAGAGAGAGUGAGAUAAAUAAAUGUCAUGGUCAGCUUCCGAUGGCUCUUGAAGAUAAAGAUACUUCUCUAGACGGUUAUAAUGCACAAUUGGAACAAUUAGAAGCUAAGAUAGGAAAUAUGGAAUUAAAACUUCAGGAAAGUGAGGAGGAGAAGGAGUGCCUACAGCACGAGUUACAGACAAUCAGAAGAGAAUUAGAAACUGGAAACGUGCAGGGAGACACCCAGCCACAAGACCUUAGUGGCCUUCAAGACUGUGAAAGAGUUGCUGAAGAAAAGUAUAUUUCAGUGCUUCACGAGCUGUCAACAAGUCAAAAUGACAAUGCGCAGCUACAGAGCUCCCUUCAGGCUGCAAUGAGCAAACUGGAGGAGCUAGAGAAAAUGUGUGAAGUGCUGCAGGUUCAAAAGUUUGAACUCGUGUCCGAGCUGAAUGCUUCAAGAUCAGAAUGGAUCACAGCAACUAGUAAAAUGGCAGAAGACGUAGAGAAACUUGUCAAUGAAGUUAAAAUAUUAAAUGAUGAAAAUGGCCUUUGUCGAGAUGAGUUAGUGAAAGAAAUGCCAGAAGGGGAGCUGGGUGAGCAACAACAUGAAGAGGAGUCGGUGCCUGUAAAGCCUCUGGACGACAGUCAUUUCUAUGAGCAGUUGACAUUGUCGAGCAAAGAAGUCCAAAUGCACUUUGCUGAAUUACAGGAGAAAUUCUCGUGUUUACAAAGGGAACACAAGAUUUUACACCAUCAGCACAGUCAGAUGAGCUCUAAGAUGUCAGAGCUCCAGUCCUAUGUUGACACGUUAAAGGCUGAAAAUUCGGUCUUGUCAAUGAGUCUGAGAAACUCUCAAGGUGACCUGGUCAAGGAGGGGAUGCUGGAACCCGGGGAAGGGCAUUCACUGUCACUGUCAUUCUCUUGUGUGGCUGAUAGCCCUAGCCUUACAAGUUUGGGAGAAUCUUUUUACAAAGAUCUUUUAGAGCAGAUAGGAGAGACAUCCCUUCUGAAUAAUUUAGAAGGGAGUGUUUCCGCAAACCAGUCCAACAUAGAGGAAGUAUCUUGCGGCAGCCUGGAGGAGGAGAACCUGACCUUGAAAGCAAUCCCACCGGCCCCGGGGAACAGCACUGAAAAACCUGAGACCCUCUGUCAGAUGUACCUACAGUCCCUCAAGAAGCUGGAAGAGAAAAUGCAAAGUCAAGAGAUGAUGAAAAAUAAGGAAAUUGAAGACCUCAGACAGUUACUAAGUUCUCAAAGGAAAGAGCUCGACUGCCUGAGGAAGCAGCACUUGUCAGAAAAUGAGCAGUGGCAGCAGAAGCUGACAAGCAUGACUGCGGAGAUGGAGUCCAAGCUGGCGGCAGAAAAGAAACAGACAGAAAACCUGUCGCUGGAGCUCGAAGUCGCACGAGUCCAGCUGCAAGGUCUGGACUUAAGCACUCGGUCUUUGCUUGGCACCAACAUAGAGGAUGAUGAUCAGGGUGGAAACGAUGGCUGUGGCAUAAAAGAAUCAGAAGAAUGUGCUUCAGAAACUAGAAGGAGAAAAUUAAAGGAGCUCAUUGAUCAUAUUUUUGAAGAAGAUGUUCAGCGACUCAGUCUAGAGAUGGGGAUAAUAACCAAGACUAGUGCAGUUGAACUUGCAGGAGAAUGUUCCAGGGAGCAGUCCCCAGAAACCAGUUAUGAGACCCCAGUGGAAGACAAAAUCCAGGACUUUGCAGAACGCGUUUCUGAAUCGUCACUUUCUGGUCCUAAUGCUUUGGUACCUGUAGAUUUUCUGGAGAAUCAGGUAACCAUUCAGAAUCUUCAACUGCAGGUAAAAGAGACAUCAAAUGAGAAUCUGAGGUUGCUUCAUGUCAUAGAGGAACGUGACAAAAAUGUUGAAAUUUUGCACAGUGAAAUAAAACAGUUAGACUCAAAACUCAAUUUACAGGAAGUGCAACUAGCUACCAAGAAUGAAACAUGCACGGAAUUAGAGAAAAUUGUUGAGGAGCUUAAGAAAGAAAAAUCAGAUUUAAUUGAAAAAUUGGAAUCCUUUUCUGGUGAUCACAAGGGGUUCUACAAGAGAGUAGGAAGUUCGGAAGGCCUCGACUCCAGUUCAGAAAAGGGCACAAACAAAUUGUCCCAUGAAGUCACUGAAGACAGUGAUGUCAAGGUGAUCGACAACUGGAGAGAGAGAUUUCUCGAUGUGGAAAAUGAGCUAAAGAGGGUCAAGUCUGAGAAAGGCAACAUCGAGCAUCGCACCCACUCUGUGGAAGCUGACUUAGAGGUAGUUCAAACAGAGAAGCUGUGUUUAGAAAAAGACAAUAAAAAGAAGCAGCAGGUUAUCACCUGCCUUGAGGAAGAACUCUCUGAGGUCACAACUGAGAGGAACCGCCUUCGUGGAGAAUUAGAUGCUUUGUCAAAAGAAAAUAAAGAACUGGACCUGAUGUCUGAAAAGAUGAAGGAGCAAAUACGAGAUCUCGAAUCCCAUCGAGAGGAGUGUCAGCAUCACAUUGACGUGCUGGAAACCGAGGUGAAGGACAAAACACAGCUCCUUCAGACUCUGUCCUGUGAUGUAAGCGAGCUGUUGAAAGAGAAAGCUCAUCUCCAGGGGCAGCUGCAGAGUUUGGAAAAGGAGUCACAGGUACUGUCUUCAGUAAAAAGCGAGCUGGAAAACCAAAUCGGACCACUGAAGAAAGAGAAAGAGAUGCUUGUCGGGGAAUCCGAAAGCCUGCAGACCAAAUUACGUGAACUGGAACACGAGAAGUUGAACGUCGCCACGGCCUUGGAGACAGCCCUGAUGGAAAAAGGCGAGGUCGCAGUGAGGCUGAGCUCAACGCAGGAGGAGGUGCAUCAGCUGAGGAGUGGUAUCGAGAAACUAAGGGUCCGCAUCGAGGCCGAUGAAAAGAAGCAGCUCCGUGUCGCCGAGAAACUGAAAGAAAGUGAGCGUAAGAUUGACUCGCUUCAGGAUAAAGUUGAGAAUCUGGAAAGAGAGCUGCAGAUGUCAGAAGAAAACCAAGAAACUGUGAUACUUGACGCUGAGAAUGCCAAAGCAGAGGCAGAGACCCUGAAAACACAAAUGGAACUGAUGACCGAACGCCUGAAAGCUUUCGAAUUAGACCUUGUUGCAGUCAGGUCCGAAAAAGAAAAUCUGAUGCAACAGCUCCAAGAAAAACAAGGUCAGCUGUCAGAGUUAGAUGUGUUACUCUCUUCAUUUAAAAAUCAGUUAGAAGAAAAGGAGCAAGAAAAAAUACAGAUGACACAACAAUCUACAGCUGCAGCGGAAAUGCUCCAAACAGAAUUGAAAGAGCUAAACGAGGAAGUGGCAGCCUUAUGUGACGACCAGGAGACCAUCAAGGUCAAAGAACCACAGAGCCUGGGCUCCCCGGUGCAUCAGCUGAGAAAUAGCAUCGUAAAGCUGAAACUCUACCUCGAGGCUGAUGAAAAGAAGCAGGUCGACGCCUUAGGGAAACUGAAGGAAAGUGAGCAUCAUGCAGGUUUGCUUAAGGACAGAGUUGAGGAUCUCGAAAAAGAGCUAGAGAUAUCAAGAAAAAACCACGAGUACGUGACUCUGGAGGCUGAGAAUGCCAAAGCAGAGAUGGAGACCCUAAAGGCAAAAAUAGAGGAGAUGGCCCCGCGUUUGAGAGAUUUGGAAUUAGAUCUUGUCAGUGUGAGAUCAGAAAAUGAACACCUGACGAAAGAAUUACAAAAAGAGCAAGGACGAAUCUCCGAAUUAGAAAUAUUAAAUUCCUCAUUUGAAAAUCUCUUGCAAGAAAAAGAGCAAGAAAAAGUACAGAUGUUAGAAGAAUCUAAAAUUGCAGUGGAGAGUCUUCAAAGGCAAUUAAAAGAGCUAAACGAGAAGGUGGCAGCCUUGUGUGAUGACCAAGAGACCUGGAAGGUCAAAGAACAGAACCUGAGUGGCCAAGUAGAUUAUCUUGAACUUGAGAAGGCUCAGUUGCUGCAAGGCCUUGAGGAGGCCAAAAGUAAUUACGUUCUUUUGCAGUCUUCUGUGGAUGGCUUCAUUCAAGAAGUCGAAGAUGGCAAACGGAAACUAGAGAAGAAGGAUGAAGAAAUCAGCGUAUUAAAAAAUCAAAUUCAAGACCAAGAGCAGCUUGUCGCUAAACUGUCCCAGGUGGAAGAAGAGCAGCAAAUUUGGAAGAAGCGAAAUGCGGAACUGGAGAAUCUGAUGGUGGGAUUGGAGCAGAAGAUCCAAGGGCUGCAAUCCACAAACAACACUCUGCAGGACACCGUAGAAGCACUGCAGAGUUCUUACAAGGACCUGGAGAAAGAGCUGGAAUUGACAAAAGUGGAGAAAAUAUCCUUUGUCGAAAAAGUAACCGCAAUGACUGCAAAGGAAGCUGAGCUGCAGGUGGAAAUGCAGGGGAUGGCGCAGAAAGCAACAGAGUUGAAAGAAGAAUUUCGUAGGGAGAAAAACAGGCUAACGGAAGAAUUAAAUUCGAUGUUGGAAGAAGCAAAGAGCAGCAAAGGUCAGUUGAAGGAGUUCAUGCUAGAAAAUAGUGAACUGAAAAAGAGCUUGGAUUGUGUAUGCAAAGACCAGAUGGAAAAGCAAGAGAAGAUGAGAGAAGAAAUAGCUGAAUAUCAGCAACAGCUUCAGGAAGCUGAAAAGCAACACCAGGCUUUGCUUCUGGAUGCAAACAAACAGCAUGAAAUGGAAAUCCAGACAUAUCAAGAGCAACUGACUUCUAAAGAAGAAUGCCUCCGCUCCCAGAAGGAGGAGAUGGACCUCUUGAAGUCCAGUAAAGAGGAACUCAAUAAUUCUUUGAAAGGGUUUGCUGACAUCCCAACGGGAAAGAUAAGCCCGUAUGUCCUGCGAAGAACAACCAUGGCCACCCGGACCAGCCCCCGCCUGGCCGCCCAGAAGUUAGUGCUGUCCCCCCUGAGCCUCCACAAGGAGAAUCACACCGAGCCCUCCAAACCGACAGCUGGUGGCAGCAGAUCACAAAAGAUGGACAAUCUAAAAUAUGCAAAUCAGCUGAAGAAGGAAAAUCAACGUUUGCAGGAAAAAAUAAAGUUGUUGAUCAAAUCCAGUAAACAGCUGGAGGAGGCAAAAGAAAUGCUACAGAAAGAGCUGUCUCACCUUGAAGAGGCUGCACAAGAUAAGCAGAAAACAGGUACUGUUGUGGAUGCCAAUGUUGAUGAAUUAAUGACCGAGGUGAAAGAACUGAAGGAAAGCCUUGAAGAAAAAUGCAAGGAGGCCGACGAAUACUUGGAUAAGUACUGUUCCCUGCUGAUAAGCCAUGAGAAGUUGGAGCGAGCCAAGGAGUUGUUAGAAACACAGGUUGCCCGUCUGAGCUCACAGCCAUCUAACAGCCUCCAGAGCUCUCCUGUGCUGAAUUCACUUGUUUCAGGAUCAUCUCCAGUCCCGCCUGUUACUGAAAAGAACUUACCAUCCGGCCAAAGUAAAGCUUCAGGCAAACGGCAGAGGUCCAGUGGGAUUCGGGAGAAUGGAGGAGGAACAGCGCCUUCUACACCAGAGACGUUUUCUAAAAAAAGCAAGAAAGGGGUCAAAAGUGGUAUCCACCCUGCGGAAGCUGCCGAAGACAGCGAGUUUGAGCCUGAGGGACUUCCGGAAGUUGUAAAGAAAGCCCAGGAGGAGUCAGGUUUAGGUUCUGGUGUGGGCUCCGCCACGGCCUUACACAGGUGGCUGGCAGCCGCUUCUUACUACUCAGUUUAUACUAAUAUCCAUUCCUGCUGCUCUCACACUUGUGAGGAUCAGGCCAAAGUCACCCACCAAAGCCCGGCGGACUCAGGCAGCGCCUUCCGAGAACGCACCAGGAGAUCGCUCUCGGGCAGUCACCUUCCCGAGAGGAGUUCGGCUGACAGCCCCAGGGAGAGCCUGAGGGCCAAGCGAGGCCGGCUCGCCCCCAGCCCAGACGCUGGCCCCGGGUCUAGCGAGAACUGUAGGGUGCAGUAGAGGAGAUUUCGUGUGUCAGGACCCCUGAUUGGUGGCAGUAGUUGAAUAGAAAGCAGGAUGCCUCCAGGGGCCUGUCAUUAGUCAGAGAGCCACAUGAUCAGUGGGAAGAAAACAUUCCUUAUAAAUCUAAAUACGUUGUACUUUUUUAGAUCUCCCAUUAUAAGUGUUAGAAAAUCAUCCCUGACAGCCCUCUUCGGUAAUGUAAACAGUAGUGUAGAAAGCUCUUGGGUAAUGUUACACUAAAUGGCAAGCAUUAUAUAACAACUUCCGUUUGUGUGUGGAUCUUACGCCAAAAAAAAGGCAAAACACAUUUUAUACUUCCAUUUAACAGCUCCCAAGAAAAUGUAAACUUUUGCUCUUUAUGUUCAUGCCUAUGUGUAGUGUUAGCACAAGACAGUUUUAGAUGGAGAAGUUCUUUGAGCUGAGUCAAAUGAAGAGGAACCGUGGUAUGUUUCUAAGGAACACACAUGGGUGUGUUUGUCCCCUUUCCACGUGUUCUCUAAACCUUUGCUUGUGCAACCUGUACAUAUUUGUGUGUGUGUGCGGUGGGGGUUGUGUGUUUCUCUCCGCUUACUCGGGUUGCAGGCUCCUCCAAGGUGUGCUAUAUCCAGUUUUCUGUCAUUGUGAUGGUUUUUUUUAAAGACUCGCUUGGUGUGCAUUCUCACAAAUGGUGAUCUUGUAUUUAAAUAUGGCAUUUUUUUUCCUAAUAAAAAAA